CGUCUGUGCAGUCGAAGGAGAGGGGGGCAGUAAUGAGUGGGUGGUAAUAAAUAAUUGAUCAAUAUCUGAUCAUGACGUGGCACAAAAGCGCCAUGAAGGCCGUGGCCUGUCCGUCCAGCACUGCUCAUCUUUGUCCCUCAGCCUUCAUUGGAGCGAAGGAAUAACCCAAAAUUAACGCGAGCGAGCCCACCCAACUCGAGCAAAGAUCCAAAACUUUUACAUCGCUCAGAAAAAAAUACUUAGAUAAAUUGAUGGGGUCUGCGCCAAACAAGACAAAACAAGCGGAAGAAUGUUGCAAACGUCAAUGAAGAGUUGAUGAUGCCAAGAUUGUCCAAACGAUGCGCCGCCUUCAUUGACGCUCUACGCAGUCGCCUAGAUCUCAGCAACGGGACACAAACUCCCAGUGAUGGUUUGCCUUUGUUCUCCUCAGGCUCAGACCAUGGUGACGUCUACUUUUCCCCGUUGGAGCCGGAAAUAUCGCCCCGUGCCACGACUCCUGUCACUGGUCAAUAUCCUGUCUCACCUUUCGCGAUAUACCGAAGACGUCAGGAGAAUGCACAGAAGCCUGCUUGUCGCAUUCCAGAUGAGAUCCUGUCAGAGAUUUUCCUUCUUGGGUUUAUUCCUGACCACCGCGUUCUGGUGGGGAAGUAUUUAAAAUCGAUCUCAUCAACCUGCUCAAGAUGGAGAAGUGCAUCAAUACAUACGCCGGGAUUGUGGAGUCAUAUUGCGUGUGAUUGGACUAAUGCUCGAUAUCCACUGGAUGCGUUGUACACAUUCCUUGAGAGAUCAGUGCAGGCCCCUCUCACCUUAUCCAUCUACAACCCUGAUUUUGGCGCUCCCCCUCCCUACCACAAAAUACUUUUUGAGGAUUCCGAUUUGCAUUCCACACGCAUCAGGUGUUUGCGGCUAGACGGGGCGUGGUCCGUUGGGACAUCGUUCAGUUCUUUGCCAUCUCUCGAGGCACUCACACUGUCAGUCAACCCCAACGAAGUAGAGCAAGAUGCUCGCAAAGUUCAAGAGUUUCUUGACUCCCUUUUCCGCUGCGCCCAGCCCCAUUCCCUGCGACUCUGGCGAUGCACUCGUACAUACUCUUUCUCCGGUUUAAAUCUGAAGAGGCUCACACGCCUCAGUUAUGUGUGGGAAGCAGUGGAUGAAUCCUUCGUAGAGCUUCUGCGGAAUGCACUCAAUUUGGAAGAGCUAGAGUUCGACGUUGUAGGAGCAUUUGGGGACUUUCUUGGCGCGUACUCUAUUUCGCUGCCCCAGCUGCGCUGCUUGCGGUUAGGGUGCCUUCUCCCAGGGAUCGAACGGACGUUUUUCCCUCGUGUAAUGGCUGAGAGCUUGGAGUAUCUCGAUCUUCGAGAUGCCUCUGAAAUACCUCCCUACCUCUCCCCAUGUCGAUUCCCAAACCUUCGCAUCAUUAUUGCUGAACUAUCGAUCCUCGAUUAUCUACCCGCAGCCUUUAACUCGCUUCCGUUGUUAGAGAUCAUCCAUUUACUGGUGCGCGGGGAGGUGCCGAAGCUGGAUUGGAUCUAUUCCUUGUGCCAUGGUUUGAACUCGGACUCAAGAAUAGAGCCUCCACCCAUAUGUCCGCAGCUUCGCACGAUUGCCAUAUCCUUGCAGAACCCUUCGCGCAGAUGGGACAUGAAACUAUCUGCGGCGCUUCGACACCUCUGCCUUGUACGAGGACGCCAAUCAUAUCAAGGAGGAAUUCGCGUAUUCCUCCACAUGAAUCCCAAGGAUAAGUGGCCUAGUACGAAUUAUUUUCUUCAGUCGAGCGCGAACACGAAUAUCUCGAAGGUUAAGGAGCUUCCACCCCUAUACACCCCUUUUCGUCCUUGCCACUGACAAUGAUACCCUCCUAAUUCGGCCGAAAUGGCUCAAAAGUCUCAUCCGAGAGGAGAACACGUUUAAUACUUGACGCCUCCAUUUCACGCCGAGGCG